AUGCCACCCUCACUGAACACACACUCUUCGUUUACCCGUCCGCGGACGAGCGACCGCGAUCGUCCCGUCACGCGUGACCAGGCCGACGGCAAUGUCGUCAUCCCCAGCCGGACCUCGUCCCUUCACUCGCGCAUCACCCAGCCGUUGCCCAAUACCCUGAAUGUCAAGCCUCAGCGGACGCCCAAGACCCUCACCCACGCCUACAUGGUGUGUGGUGUUGGUCGUGAGCCGUCCCAAUGGGUCAGGGCGCCUCCUCCGCCGCAGGGUAAGAUCAGCCACAUGAAGGGUGCUGUUCCUCAGUUCUGGCUUCCCGAGAUCUUGGGGAGCAGUCCGAGGUUAGAGCAUGACAACGAGAUUGCCCGUGCUCUCCACGCCGCUAUGAGGGCAUGCUUCCCUCAUGACGUGGAAAUUUGCACUGGCCGGACCCAGCCACAUUGCACUCAUCAUGCCUUCGUCCUCCAGCAGGACUCAUCCCACACGCUAUAUGGCAUUUGUUUGCGCGUGUGGUCCCGUGCUGAUGAGAAGCGCGCCGAGACCAUCCGGGAGCUGCGCAGGAGGACAGAGCCCGAUUUCUAUGACAACCCGGAUGAGACAUACUGGAUUCCCUACUGCCUCUCCUUCCUCUCGCGCUACCCGCUCUAUAACCUGCUCGGCGAUUACCUGCGUGGCAUGUGGAUCCACUGGAACAAGGCAACCAAUCUUUUCCAUGCCGAAGAGGUCUCACGCAUCCUGAGCUUCCCUGCCCCUCGCUUGAACGACCUGGUUCGCAUCGACAUGAAGGACUACGCCCUCGUCUACCAGUUCCCUUCUUCUCCGACUGGGUUUCAAAACUUCGCUUUGUGGCCUCUUUUCUGCUGCCUUUCGAUUCCCAACAUCGUCGGCGUCAUUGAAGCCGCCAUUUCGCCUACCCGGCGUAUCAUCUUCGUUAGCCACUACCCUGCCAUGUUGACCAUGGCUGCUGAGACGGUUCGCUUCUGUGUCCGCGUCUACGAGUGGAGCGGUCUUUACGUCCCGAUUGUUCACGCUCGUCACGCCAAGGAACUUGUUGAAGAGCCCGGCCCGUACAUUUUGGGCAUCACGGCUGAGUGCAGGUCUCUCUUCACGGCGCCGGCUGAUGCUCUAGUCGUUGAUCUCGACCGCAAUUUCGUGCUCACUUCGAACCCGCCGAAUGUUCUCACGCCCAGCCAGCGCCAGAAGUUCAUCCAAAGGUUGACUCAGGCCUUAAACGGUGAUGUCACGCCUUCGGGCGUUCCUCUGCAUCUGCGCUCUGCUUACGGUGGCGGCAAGCUGGUUCCUGCCGGCCAGAUCAUCGUCAUGCGCGGUGAGGUCGAGCGCAUCCAGGAUCCUGAGUGGUGGAACCAGGACGCCGUCAUGACUGUCAUGGAUCACUACUGCGAGAAGGUGCUGCGGAACACCGGCCUCAAGGCCGUCUUUGGCGGCUCUGUCAAGAAGCCACUCAUGACCAAGGUUUCUAUGAGGCAUCUGAAUGAGAUUGUGCGCGAGCGGAACCAGUACUCGAGAGACGCUAUGGAGGCCUGGCAGGACUUCAUCAACCUCAAGGGUCGCAUGGAUAUGGAGCUCAGCAAGGUCACCAAGAGGAACAACUACCUCAUUGAGGAGCUUGAGAGCUGGAAGCAGCAGUUCGUCAAGUUUCAGGCCUACGCUGAUACCCUCACCAAGGAGACCCAAGAUCUCAAGGUCAAGAUCGAGAACCACAAGCGCGAGAACCGUCGUCUGGCUGCUCUCAUUGAGCAGCAGAAGGAUGAGUCUGCUCGCCUGUCAGUCCGUCUCGCUGGUACCGAGAAGCAGCGUGACGAUGCCCUUGAGGCUCUUGUCCUGCAGCAGGAGAUCGCCGAGGAGCUCGAGCGCGAGCGCAAGAGGAACAAGAAGGAGCUCAGCGCGCUCCAGCAGACCAACGUGACGAUCGUCCGGCAACGCGACGAGGCUCGCCGUGUUGUGCUGCACCUGCGCAGUUUGAUUGCUGGCCAGCAUCACCACAUGGAGCACCUUGUCAAGUCGCUGACCUCGCCCGAGGAGUUGGCCGCUGAGAUCGAGGCUGGCUUUGCCGCUGAGGACGAAGCUGAGGCUGAGGCCGUCGCCAAGGCCGCCGCUGAAAGUGAGACCCCCCGAGCUGACAACCAUUGGCCCGAUGGUACUAACAGGAUCGCAGAGGAAGGUCUGGACCAGAGUGAUGCGCGCUUCAUCAAGAACCUGGCGAUUGCCAGCCGGCGCAUCUCGGCCCAGAAGUUCAUCGACGUGGCCGACCGUCAUCUCAAGGACAAGACGGACGCCAUCGCCCACAUCAUCCGCAACAUCGCGGAACAGUGCCAGGCAGCUGUUGAUAGCCUACAAAUCUCCGAAGCCACCGAGCUUGGGAGGUCGGAUACUCCGACCUCUCGGGCUCGGGAAUCGAAAAGUCGCCGGGGGAGUUCUCUCUCAACAGUACCCAGUGACGAUGGAGCCUCGGCGGCUACGUCCGAUGUCGGGGACGAUAGCAGCACCCUCCUUCGACCCAACAGUGGCCGGCUCUCUAGCAUCCCACCCACACCGGAUCUCGUUCCCAACCGCAGCAGCACUAGCAUGUCAUUCGCGAGUACUGCCAUCACGACCCCUGAGCGGAGCUCCCAGCAGUACAUGCUCGGAGGACAACACCACCACCACCACCACCACCACAACAGCCACGAUCUCCCCACCAAGAUCGUCGAGGACGACGAGGACGUCGCUGACCUCGCCGCUGACGAUCGCGUUAGCGAGUCCGAGGGCAACCCCAUCCCCGCCCCUCUCUCGCAGGAACCGGGGGUCAUGGCGCUCUUGGAACCUCCCGCUGAGGGCGCCUCUGCCGAUGAUGCGGCAGCUAAUGCAGCUUUUAAUACUGCUACGCGGGAGACCCCGUCUCCCUCGCCCGGUCCUGUCGUGCGCCCGAACCGGGCUUCAUGGAUCAGCACCCCACGGGCAGCCACGCUCGGCCCUCGGGAGCUGGCGUUGGCCCGCCUGGAAGGUGGGUUGCGUGCUCCUAUUGAGGAGGGGGGCGUUUCUGUCCCCGACAGGGCAUCCCCCUCUCCUUAUUAUCGCUCACAUCGCCGGGGUCGCGGGUCCUAUGUGAGCUCGCUCACGGUGCCGCGGGAGCUGUUGCUGCUGCGCUCGGAGAGCCCCAUCUCGCCCAAGUUGGCGGAGAAGACGGAGGAAGAAGAGCAAGGCGAGAGUCGUAGUAAUGACAAGGAGGGCGACAAGAAGAAGCCCGAUAAUGACAAGACUAAUACCAACAAGAUUCAGGACGAAACUACCAUGGGGUUCGGCGGCGGAGGGAAAUAA